UCCGGCUGCCUUGUCAGCCUGGUGCGGACGGGUGCAUGUGGGCGAUCCGGUCGCUGCUGCGUCCCUUUGGCCUGCGCACCAUGUCGCAGGGUUCGGCUCGUCGGCCGCGGCCGCCCAAAGACCCGCUGCGACACCUGCGCACGCGGGAGAAGCGCGGCCCGGGCUGGGGGCCCGGGGGCCCGAACACCGUGUACCUGCAGGUGGUGGCGGCAGGCGGCCGGGACGCAGGCGCCGCUCUCUACGUCUUCUCGGAGUACAACAGGUACCUUUUUAACUGCGGAGAAGGCGUCCAGCGACUUAUGCAGGAACACAAGCUGAAAGUGGCUCGCUUGGACAACAUAUUUCUGACUCGAAUGCAUUGGUCAAAUGUUGGGGGCUUGUGUGGAAUGAUUCUGACUUUAAAGGAAACCGGGCUUCCUAAAUGCGUUCUUUCUGGACCUCCACAACUGGAAAAGUAUCUAGAGGCAAUCAAAAUAUUUUCUGGUCCAUUGAAGGGAAUAGACCUGGCUGUGCGGCCUCACUCUGCUCCAGAAUACAAGGAUGAGACCAUGACUGUUUACCAGGUCCCUAUCCACGGUGAACAGAGGUGUGUCAAGCAACAGCCAGUGCAGAGCCCGAAAAGGUCUCCCAACAGGCUCAGUCCUGAUCAGUCUUCAUCAGACUCCGGAUCCACUGAAAAUGGCCAGGACUUUCCAGACAGCGGCAGUGCAGGUGUCAACAGGAAAGCAGGUGGCAGGGACCCUUCCUUAGUGGUAGCUUUUGUCUGCAAGCUUCACUUGAGGAAAGGAAACUUCUUGGUGCUUAAAGCAAAGGAGCUGGGCCUUCCUGUUGGGACAGCCGCCAUUGCACCCAUCAUUGCUGCUGUCAAGGACGGGAAGAGUAUCACAUACGAAGGAAGGGAGAUUGCUGCUGAAGAGCUUUGCACUCCCGCAGAUCCUGGUCUUGUAUUUAUUGUGGUAGAAUGUCCUGAUGAAGGAUUCAUCCAGCCCAUCUGUGAGAAUGACACCUUUAAAAGGUACCAGGGAGAGGCCGAUGCACCCGUGGCCCUGGUGACCCACAUUGCCCCAGAAUCUGUACUUACUGACAGGAGGUACCAGCAGUGGAUGGAGAGGUUUGGGCCUGACACACAGCACCUGAUUCUGAAUGAGAAUUGUCCAUCGAUCCACAACCUGCGCAGCCACAAGAUCCAGACACAGCUCAGCCUCAUCCACCCUGACAUCUUCCCCCGCCUCACCAGCUCCUACAGUAAGGAGGAACGCUCUGCCCUCAGCAUGCCCACAGUUCGGGGUGAAUGCCUUCUCAAGUAUCAGCUGCGCCCCAAGAGAGAGUGGCAGAGGGAUACCACACUCACCUGCAAUACUGAUGAAUUCAUAGCUGAGGCAUUGGAGCUUCCCAAUUUCCAGGAGAGAGUGCAGGAGUAUAAGAAAAGCAUGCAGGAAAGCCCAGCCCCAGCAGAGAAAGGACGCCAGUAUCCUGAAAUCAUCUUCCUGGGUACGGGGUCUGCCAUCCCAAUGAAGAUCCGAAAUGUCAGCUCCACACUCAUCAACCUAAGCCCUGACAAGUCUGUGCUUCUGGAUUGUGGGGAAGGCACUUUUGGGCAACUGUGCCGUCAUUAUGGACAACAGAUAGACAGAAUCCUGUGCAACCUUGCUGCUGUGUUUGUGUCCCACCUGCAUGCGGACCACCACACGGGCUUACUGAAUAUCCUGCUGCAGAGAGAGCACGCCUUGGCGUCUCUGGGGAAACCUUUCCAGCCUUUGCUCGUGGUGGCCCCUACCCAGCUCAGGGCCUGGCUGCAGCAAUAUCACAACCAAUGCCAGGAGAUUCUGCACCACAUCAGUAUGAUUCCUGCCAAAUGCCUUCAGAAAGGGGCAGAGGUCUCCAGUCCCUCAGUUGAAAGGCUGAUCAGCUUGCUGUUGGAAACGUGUGACUUAGAAGCAUUUCAGACUUGCCUGGUUCGGCACUGCAAGCAUGCAUUUGGCUGUGCGAUGGUACACUCAUCUGGCUGGAAAGUGGUCUACUCGGGGGACACCAUGCCCUGCGAGGCUCUGGUCCAGAUGGGGAAGGAUGCCAACCUCCUGAUACACGAAGCCACCCUAGAAGAUGGCUUGGAAGAGGAAGCGGUGGAAAAGACACACAGCACCACCUCCCAGGCUAUUGAUGUGGGGAUGCGGAUGAAUGCAGAGUUCAUCAUGCUAAACCACUUCAGUCAGCGGUAUGCCAAGAUCCCACUUUUCAGCCCCGACUUCAACGAGAAAGUCGGCAUUGCCUUUGACCACAUGAAGGUCUGUUUUGGAGACUUCCCAACAGUGCCCAAGCUGAUUCCCCCACUGAAGGCCCUGUUUGCAGAUGACAUUGAAGAGAUGGUGGAGCGUAGGGAGAAGCGGGAGCUACGGCUGGUGCGAGCAGCCCUCCUGAGCCAGCAGGCACAAAGCCCAGAGGACAGAGAACCCCAGCAGAAGCGGGCCCACACAGAGGAGCCGCACAGCCCACAGAGCAAGAAGGUCAGAGCCCAGUGAAGGUCUAAGCCAGCCUGGACUGAAAGCUGUGUCCUCUGCCCUCUAUGGGAGCCACAUCCAUCAUCCUGGCGGGAACACACGAUCUAGGCAGGAAGCAGCGUGGAAUCAGUAUGCAGUCCUCUAUGGCCAUGGCUGGGGGAGCACCAUCAGCCAGGUGCCUCCCAUGCCUAGAGGAGAACACAGCGGCAGGACAGGAGGCCACCCAAUGGAAGACAAGGAAGCCAG